AAAAUGGAAGAAGAAUCGCUCUUUGACAAAUCUUUAAAGAAGAUCACAUUCGCGUUUCGACUCACUGGCAUAAAUAUCGAAAACGAUAAAAGAAACUUCAAGCAAAACUGCGUCUAUCUCUUCAACUUUCUUUGGCUGAACACCGACAUCGUUGGAGCUCUGCAAUGGGUCUUAUACGGUAUUGCCAGCGGCAAAAACUUCACAGAGCUUACGUAUGUCGCUCCUUGUCUAACCUUGAGCAUUCUUGGAGAUAUCAAAGGUGUUUUCAUGAUCUUAAACGAAAAGAAAGUACACAUCCUAAUGGACAAUCUACGAUGUUUGGAACUUAAAGCUAAGGAGUUUGAAAACACUGAGCGAGAGGACAUGAUCGAACCAGAAAUAAAAUUUUUGAACAUUAUAACUAGCGUACUAAACGUAUUGAAUUGCCUGAUGAUUGUCGUUUUUGAUGCAAGUCCUCUCAUUUUGAUAGCAGUUAAGUAUUUUACUACGGGGCAGUUAGAACUUAUGCUGCCGUUUUUGGAUGUGUAUCCAUUCGAUUCGUUUGAUCUCCGGUAUUGGCCUUUUGCGUAUAUCCACCAGAUUUGGUCAGAAUGUAUCGUUCUCCUGGAAAUCUGCGCCACUGACUACUUCUUCUUCGCCUGCUGUACCCACAUCAAGAUCCAGUUCAAGCUCUUGCAGCACCAGUUCCAAGAGAUCGUUCCCAGCAGAAGCGUCUCUGCGGUGGAUUCCAUCGACCAGGCUGCUAUUCGGACCAAAUUCCAGGAGUUGAUUAAAUGGCACCAGGAAAUUAUAAGAUCCGCAAACAUGCUGGAAGGAGUAUACUCCAAAUCCACUCUCCUCAACUUCUGCACCAGUUCCUUGGUCAUUUGUCUCACUGGCUUUAAUGUUACGACCAUAGAUGACAAGGCGUUUGUGAUGACGUUCAUCAUUUUCCUCUUCAUGAGCUUGCUGCAAGUGUUCUUUCUAUGCUUCUUUGGUGAUAUCCUGAUGAGUUCUAGCAUGGAUGUGAGCAACGCCGUGUACAACAGCCGGUGGUACCUCAACGACGUGAUGAUGGGGCGAAACGUUCUUCUGGUUCAAACUAGAGCCCAAAACCCGUGCAAGCUGACUGCAGCUGGAUUCGCAGAUGUCAACUUGAGAGCUUACAUGAAGAUAUUGAGCACAGCUUGGUCAUAUUUCGCACUUCUCCAAACUAUCUACAGUACACGUUCUUAA